AUGGAGAUCGUAUACCCAUUCGACACGAAUCCGCAACUUGAAGAGGACCCUAGCUAUCUACCGCCUGAGGAGCAAGUUCUCAUCCAAACAAAGGCGCAAGCUAUUCAAGGGCUUCCGAGCUCAUGCAAGUUUACAGAGAAGUUCUGGAAUCUGUGGCAAACUCAGUAUUUCACGUCAUUAAGGGAGAAAAAUCUACUCGAGAUAGAUAAGAAGAGACGUUCCAGUCGCUUACCAAAAAUUUGGGGAUGUCGCCUUGAUAAGCGAACCCGUUCAACAUAG